AUUUUGUAGAAUUAGAAUUCUACUUAAUCAUGUCAUAAUUUCACAAGAUUCCAAACUCACGUGAGCAAUUAAACUAACAUGAGUCCAACAAAAAAAAUAAAAAGGGCAAUUUAAUCCACCGGCCCAAAUCAUCGUUUUCUCCCACUCUUCUUUGAUCAUUCACCCUUCUUCAACCUUCUCAAUUCCCAAAAAAUUUCACCCAAAUAAAAAACAAAGACAUAAUUUUUCUGAGAAAAAUUCCAGAAAAAAUUCCUGAUUUGAUUGAGAAAAGUAGUAGCAGACAUGGGUGUGGAUUACUACAAAGUUCUUCAAGUUGAUAGAAGCGCUAAAGACGAUGAUCUCAAGAAAGCUUAUCGUAAAUUGGCUAUGAAAUGGCACCCAGACAAAAACCCUAAUAAUAAGAAAGAUGCUGAAGCCAAAUUCAAACAAAUCUCCGAAGCUUAUGAUGUUUUGAGCGACCCCCAGAAGCGAGCUGUGUAUGAUCAAUAUGGUGAAGAGGGGUUGAAAGGGAAUGUGCCACCUCCAGGAUCUAGUGGGUUUCCUGGUGGUUCAGAUGGAGGAAGUGGGUAUAGUUCGUUUCGAUUUAAUACUCGAAGUCCUGAUGAUAUUUUCUCCGAAUUUUUCGGGUUUUCGAGCCCGUUUGGUGUGGGAGAUAUGGGGGGAUCUCGUGGUGGUGUUGGGGGUUCAUCUGCAUUUGGGAGAGGAGGUUUUGAGGAUAUUUUUUCGCAGUUUAGUCGUGGUGCUGGUGGCGGUGGCGAGCCCUCGGGUAUGCCUUCUAUGCCCCGAAAGGCGGCAGCUAUUGAGCGCACAUUGCAAUGUAGCUUGGAGGAUUUGUACAAGGGGACUACUAAGAAGAUGAAGAUUUCGAGGGAUGUUGUCGAUUAUUCAGGGAGGCCGUCCACACUGGAGGAGAUCCUCACCAUUGAGAUCAAACCGGGAUGGAAGAAGGGUACAAAGAUCACUUUUCCAGAAAAAGGAAACGAGCAGCGGAACGUUAUACCUUCAGAUCUAAUUUUCAUCAUUGAUGAGAAGCCUCACAGCGUUUAUAAGAGGGAUGGUAAUGAUCUUGUUAUUACUCAAAAAAUCUCCCUAGUUGAAGCCCUGACUGGCUUUAAUGCACAAAUAACAACACUUGAUGGACGUACUUUAACAGUACCCAUCAACUCUGUUAUUAGCCCUUCAUAUGAAGAGGUGGUUAAAGGAGAGGGAAUGCCUAUCCCUAAGGAACCUUCUAAAAGAGGUAACUUGAGAAUAAAAUUUAACAUCAAGUUUCCAACAAGGCUUACUUCAGAGCAGAAGACUGGUAUCAAGCGGUUGUUAUCUUCAUAAAUGGUGGUCACGGCUUAAACUUUGUAAACAGCAAGGGCAUUGAUGAAGGAGAAUUCGAGUAAAUUUUCUUAAUUAGUGUUAAAGUAUGCUCAACCUAUAUUGUUGCAAAACCUGACAAUGUGUGGUUGCAGUGUUGCUCUAGCUGUCGGUGUGCUUGGACGUGCAGCCUACAUUGGUACUGGAUAGUGUAAUCUUGAGUUAGGUGUAUAUAGGAGUUUGCUUUUUUAUUUUUGUUGUUUGAGUUUUAUUUUUUAAUUUAAUUUUAACAUGAAUGGCUGAAUGGUUUGGCUGUAACUGUAGUUAAAUCAGCUCAAUAAAGCAAUUUUUAUAACUAA